CAGGGCUCAGUCCGCGCCGCGCCGCCGCUGCUGGGACGAUGGGAGACGUUCUGUGUGAAGAGCUCGAGGAUUUAGUUCACUUCACGGUGACUGACCUGCCGGCACGAGGCUAUGUCGUCAUGGAGGAGAUCCGACGUCAGGGAAAACUCUGUGAUGUCACGCUCAAGGUCGGGGAUCAUAAGUUCAGCGCUCACCGGAUCGUCCUGGCGGCUUCCAUCCCGUACUUCCAUGCCAUGUUCACCAACGACAUGGUGGAGUGUAAACAGGACGAGAUCCUGAUGCAGGGAAUGGACCCCAGCGCUCUGGAGGCUCUCAUUAACUUUGCGUACAGCGGCCACGUCGCCAUUGACCAGCAGAACGUCCAGUCUCUCCUGAUUGGCUCCAGCUUCCUGCAGCUGCAGAACGUUAAAGACGCCUGCUGCUCCUUCCUGCAGGAGAGGUUGCACCCUAAGAACUGUCUGGGAGUGCGUCAGUUCGCUGAGACCAUGAUGUGCACGACACUGUACGACUCGGCCAGCAGCUUCCUGCACCAGCACUUCGUAGACGUCUCGCUGUCUGAGGAGUUCCUGGGUCUCAGGACCGAGGAGCUGCUGGAGCUGGUGGGCUGCGACGAGCUCAACGUGAAGGCCGAGGAGCAGGUGUUUGAGGCAGUGCUGGCCUGGGUCCAUCAUGACCGGGACCGGAGGGAGACGCUGCUUCCGGAGCUGCUGUCGAAGAUCCGGCUUCCUCUGUGUCGACCUCAGUUCUUGUCAGACCGAGUGCAGCAGGACGACCUGGUUCGCUGCUGCCACAAGUGCAGAGAUCUGGUGGACGAAGCCAAAGAUUUCCACCUGAUGCCAGACCGCCGGCCUCACCUGCCCGCCUUCAAAAUCCGACAGAGGUGCUGCACGUCCAUCACAGGACUCAUAUACGCCGUGGGAGGACUCAACAGCUCAGGUGACUCUCUUAAUGUGGUCGAGGUGUUCGAUCCAAUCGGUAACUUCUGGGAGCGCUGUCAGCCAAUGAGGAUGACUCGCAGCAGAGUGGGCGUGGCUGUCGUCAACGGGCUGCUGUACGCCAUUGGUGGUUACGACGGCCAAUCACGGCUCAGCACGGUGGAGGUUUACAACCCAGAGACAGACAGCUGGACGCGAGUGUCGAGCAUGAACAGCCAGCGCAGCGCCAUGGGAACCGUGGUGAUUGACGGACGCAUCUACGUGUGUGGCGGCUACGACGGGAAGUCGUCUCUGAACUCAGUGGAGUGUUAUGCACCUGAGACGGACAGGUGAGCUAACCCUUAACUCACCUCAAUAUAAACCCUUAACUCACCUCAAUAUAAACCCUUAACUCACCUUAAUAUAAACCCUUAACUCACCCUACUAUAAACCCUUAACUCACCUUAAUAUAAACCAUUAGCUCACCUGUAUAUAAACCCUUAACUCACCUCAAUAUAAACCCUUAACUCACCUCAAUAUAAACCCUUAACUCACCUCAAUAUAAACCCUUAACUCACCUCAAUAUAAACCCUUAACUCACCUUAAUAUAAACCCUUAACUCAUCUCAAUAUAAACUCUUAAUAUAAAUCCUUAACUCACCUCAACACAAACCCUUAACUCACCUCAAUAUAAACCGUUAACUCACCUCAAUAUAAACCCUUAACUCACCUCAAUAUAAACCCUUAACUCACCUUAAUAUAAACCCUUAACUCAUCUCAAUAUAAACUCUUAAUAUAAAUCCUUAACUCACCUCAACACAAACCCUUAAUUCACCUCAAUAUAAACCCUUAAUAUAAAUCCUUAACUCACCUCAACACAAACCCUUAACUCACCUCAAUAUAAACCCUUAACUCAACUUGAUGUAAAUCCUUACCUCACCUCAACACAAACCCUUAACUCACCUUAAUAUAAACCCUUAACUCACCUCAAUAUAAACUGUUACUAUAAACCCUUAACUCACCUCAAUAUAAACCCUUAACUCACCUCAAUAUAAACUCUUAAUAUAAAUCCUUAACUCACCUCAAUAUAAACCCUCAAUAUAAUCCCUUAACUCACCUCAAUAUAAACCUUUAACUCACCUAAAUAUAAACCCUUAACUCACCUCAAUAUAAACUCUUAAUAUAAAUCCUUAACUCACCUCAACACAAACCCUUAAUUCACCUCAAUAUAAACCCUUAAUAUAAAUCCUUAACUCACCUCAACACAAACCC